UUAUAAUGACUAAAAGGCAUUACUUUUUUUAGCCCAGCUCCAAUGUCUACCAGAGAACUUGUCGAUGAAACACGCAGCGAUUACAGCUGUUUCAACGUUGUUCAUCUGGCAACUGCGCGUGCCGCUGAACUGGCUGCAUUUGAGGCCGAGGUCAAUGUGACUACAGCCCAUGCAAUUACUUGUUUACAGCGAUUGCCUGUGCGUCUUCGUCGACGAGCUGCAAGUCAUCGCGUCAAUCGGCUACCCCGGAGGCUGCAUCGACACUUUCAACAACCACUCAACAACAACAAAGGACAAUUGGUUGCUGCUCAACCUAAACGUGCCAAGUUGAAAAGUCGUCGAUAUCGACGACGACAUUUGCGGUUGCUGGCUAUGGCUACUCGAAUUGCCGCAACAUCGUCAAGCUAUAGUGAAUUGAGCUCUAAUCGGAAGACGUUAUGGUUGCCCACCCACCUCUGGCAUGCCAAAAGGUAUCAUAUGAUCAAUAUCUGGGGGUGGCGUCUACCUCAGGCUCCGAAUGAUAAGAUAUUUAAGGCCUGUCAGGAUGCAGCUUUGAAUGGUUGCCUGGUUUUCGACUUGAGCUUCUGGAACUGUUUCGAACUCAUUGGUACGGAACUGGCACUAGCGAGUUGCUUGAAGAGCGUAUCGCGAAUUUGUCCCACAUUCACCCAAUGCCCUGUGCCCCUCAGCACCAACGGAACACCGGACCUUCCCUGUGAGCAGCCAGGAUUACUGUUCGCUGAUGUCCAGGCAGAAGAUAUCCUGAAUAUCACCCGACCAGUCCUGGGGCCAGUACGCAUUUUAUGGGGUCCGCGGAAUGAACCUCACGAAGGCCAUCGCCGUGUGUACUUAUGGAACCAUCCAGAAAUAUCUGCAGAUGCGUGGCAGUUGUUUGUCACUUGUUCACAAACUGAAGGAAUCUGUGUACGCAAUCUAACUGGUCGAGUUUCGCGCCUUUGUACACUGGGACGUCAGUCGCACCAGUUGUUAGCUGACGUGUUUUCCCCUCAAAAUCCGGACUCUGGAGUUGGUGACUGGAAGCUAUGGGAGGAACUAACGAAGAGGGCCCGGCAGGCCAGUUGCAUGCCCCUGGGUGCUGUUUUAUUCUUGUUUAACUGCAAGGAAUUUCGAGAGAAUCGUCCCGCACUGAAAACUCGUGACCGAGAUUGGAUCUUGGCACCAGCAGGCUCGCAGGAUCAGGCAUCCGAGACAACACAUCGGACUCCUAGUGGAGCUCGACUGUCGUGGUCGGAAUUUUCUUACAUUGGAUCAACCAAACCCGGCAACUUUUCGGACUUUUUUACUGACACAGGAACAGCUGAAGUAAGUGAUUCUUCCGUUCUUCUCUUUCCUGCAUCAUCCAACUCAGAGGGUGUGAACGUGAUCCUCGUGCAAAACGCAACUCCGUCAAUUUUAACCAACAAUCCACAUUCAGUUGGAUGGGACGUUAUUUUGAUCCGAUCUCGGGUGAUGGACCAUUCAGCUGAAGUUCCGAACCUUCGGGAAGCAUUAUCUGUCCGGGAUCUUCUCAUUGCUUGCGUCUACCGUGGAGCCGAAGUCGGUGGUCUCAGGGAAUGGCAGUAUUGGUCUACUGUUCAGACCCAGGGAAAUGGCUGGUUAGCCUCAUAUCCCUACUUUCUAUGGCCCGAUACGCCCGGCGGUCGAAAGUCCGAUGAAGAGAUGUCCAAGGAGCGACAACAGGUUUUCAGUCCCGCACUGAAAACUCGUGACCGAGAUUGGAUCUUGGCACCAGCAGGCUCGCAGGAUCAGGCAUCCGAGACAACACAUCGGACUCCUAGUGGAGCUCGACUGUCGUGGUCGGAAUUUUCUUACAUUGGAUCAACCAAACCCGGCAACUUUUCGGACUUUUUUACUGACACAGGAACAGCUGAAUCAUCCAACUCAGAGGGUGUGAACGUGAUCCUCGUGCAAAACGCAACUCCGUCAAUUUUAACCAACAAUCCACAUUCAGUUGGAUGGGACGUUAUUUUGAUCCGAUCUCGGGCGAUGGACCAUUCAGCUGAAGUUCCGAACCUUCGGGAAGCAUUAUCUGUCCGGGAUCUUCUCAUUGCUUGCGUCUACCGUGGAGCCGAAGUCGGUGGUCUCAGGGAAUGGCAGUAUUGGUCUACUGUUCAGACCCAGGGAAAUGGCUGGUUAGCCUCAUAUCCCUACUUUCUAUGGCCCGAUACGCCCGGCGGUCGAAAGUCCGAUGAAGAGAUGUCCAAGGAGCGACAACAGGUUUUCAGAAUCAUAUUCCUACGUUUUAUUCACGAAUACUACCCAGAAGCCGAAUCAAUCCAACUGCCACUGCACCGCCAUGCCAUGCACGCAUCGACCUUUCUCCGUUUCAGCCGCCGUCCUCCAAACCUUCGCCCAGACUACAGACGGCUGGGGACGCCGAAUCCGUUUCAUACACCCUGGAACGAACUAAUAAGAGACAACCUGUCCUCUAGUCAUGUAGACACCAAAUGUACCUGCUUUGUUCUCCGUGAUCCCUGUUUUCUGCGUUUGGUUGUACAACGGAUGAUCUCCGGAGACCCCCGGGCGCGACUAACACUGGAUCAGCUGGUCAGCCAUCACCCCAAUCUUCCCUAUGCGUUGGUCCCGGUUCAAGUUGAUGCUAUUGGACGAGGAAUUCCAAAACCAUGUGCAACACUCUACUGUCCCAUUGACGAACAAGACUUCCUGGACGUGUCAAAGGCAGAUCACGCGGAGAAACAAGAAUCUCCUAAGGUUACCCGCUCUGUUCUUGGCUAUGUUGUAACAGGAGGCUUCAACCAUAGUUUGGGACGGGCAACCGGCUUGGCAUUCAUCAGCUUGGCCGCAGUAGUUCGAACCAUCCAUUCGACAAACCUUCAUGGAUUAACGCGAAUCCUCAUGAAGAACACGCGUACUGUUCGGUUGAGGCCCGUGCGUAUUUCAGUGCUUCUGUGAAUCUGCUUAUACAUAAUACACAACAC